AUGGUCAAAAUUGAUAUGCAAAAGGCAUAUGGCACUGUAGAAUGGUGUUUCCUUGAACAAGUCCUUACAGAGAUGAAUAUCCCAGGAAGAUUUCUUGCUUGGAUCAUGACAUGUGUUACUAUAGUGUCUUAUGCUAUUGUGGUGAAUGGGAAGCCAACAACUCCUUUUGAUGCCAAAAGAGGAGUUAGACAAGGUGAUCCAUUAUCACCAUAUUUGUUUGUCCUAGCUAUGGAAUACCUUACAAGGAGCUUGAAGACACUUAGAGAGAAUCCUGAUUUUAAUUACCAUCCUAGGUGUGAGAAGCUGAACAUAAUUCAACUCAGUUUUGCAGAUGACUUAUUACUAUUUUGCAGAGGAGAUGUGGUGUCUGUCCAACUACUGUAUGAUUUCUUUCAACAGUUUUCAAAGGCUUCAGGGUUGAUUGCUAACCAGGAGAAAAACAGCAUCUACUUUGGAGGUGUUACUGAAGAUAUGCAGCAAAAUAUUAUUAAAUGCUUAGGUUUUUCUAAAGGCUCCUUACCUUUCAGAUACUUGGGAGUUCCACUGAGUAGUAAAAGAUUAUCUGUUGCUCAAUGCCAACCUCUGCUGGAUAAGAUGGUUGGCAGAAUCAAAAACUGGACAGUAAAGUUCCUAUCCAAUGCAGGUGAAACAGAAACAAAAGCAAAAGCCUUAGUAGCUUGGAGACAGUUAUGCUGGCCACAAUCUGCAGGGGGUCUAAAUAUCACAGACAUGAUCCAGUGGAUUCAUGCUUACUACAUCAAGAAGCAAGUAAUAGGGAAAGCAAAAGCUAACCAAGCUUCAUGGUUGGUACAAAAAAUCCUGGGAGCUGGUAAAUACCUAACUGAGGCCAAUAUAGCAAUUGAAGAAGUGUUGAGCAUGAAGAAGUAUUCCAUCAGACUGAUAUACAACAAAUUGAGAGGUGAUCUACCUAAGGUGGAGUGGAGGAGAAUAAUGUGUAACAACUGGGGAAGUCCUAAGUGGAGAUUCAUCUUGUACUUGGCAAUAAUGGAGAGAUUAUAUACAAGAGACGGACUUUUGGGAUGGGGCAUAGCAAUUAGCUCAGCAUGCUCACUAUGUGGAAAUGUAGCAGAAAGUCAUGAGCACCUGUUCUUUCAAUGUAACUACUCAGCAAAUAUAUGGGGUAAACUGUUACAAUGGAUGGGAUUCCAAAGGAAUAUUCUAGGUUGGCAGGCUGAAAAACAGUGGGCAGUCAAGCAUGGUUCAGGAAAGAAGCAAAUAUGUGCAACAUUUAGAAUGGUACUUGUCUGUGCAGUUUACUAUAUUUGGCAAGAACGCAAUUGGAGAACCUUCAGAGGAACACAAAGAAGCAGCAAGGAAAUGAUUAAACUGAUAAUCCAAGAAGUGCAUUGUCGUGGAAUGUUGAAUUCUAAGCUAGCUAGACAUUUACAGAAUUUUAAUUUUUAUCCAUAG